GUAAAUGCCAUUUGUAAUUACGUAAAUUGAUAAUAUUUUUUCGCUUAAGUUUUAAGUGUCUAAAACGUCUAUUUUAAUUUAAUGUGUUGAAAAAGUUAAAAUGCUGGUUCUCAAGGCACUGGGAGCCUCUGCUCCAAAUACGGUCUUGUCUUUUAUGAAAAAGGGUGCAUUUGCAGUUGCACCUGCCGUUGAUCAGAUUCGUCAUACUCAUCUUCCUGCUCCGAGUCCAACAGAAAAACGACCGUACUCUCCUUUUCAGGAUGCCUCGAAUAUGGCUGAAUAUGCUGUAGCACGUCUUGAUGAUUUAUUGAAUUGGGGAAGAAAAGGAUCUAUGUGGCCAAUGACAUUUGGUUUGGCAUGUUGUGCUGUAGAGAUGAUGCACUUCGCGGCACCUCGAUAUGAUAUGGACAGGUAUGGUGUAGUUUUCCGAGCUUCACCUCGCCAAUCUGAUGUCAUGAUUGUAGCUGGUACUCUAACUAAUAAAAUGGCUCCUGCUCUUCGGAAAGUAUAUGACCAAAUGCCAGAUCCCAGAUGGGUUAUAUCAAUGGGUAGCUGUGCCAAUGGUGGUGGUUAUUAUCAUUAUUCUUACUCAGUUGUAAGAGGGUGUGAUCGUAUAGUGCCCGUUGAUAUCUACGUUCCUGGAUGUCCUCCCACAGCGGAAGCCCUACUUUAUGGUGUCCUACAGCUUCAAAAGAAAGUAAAGAGGAUGAAAACCACACAAAUCUGGUAUAGAAAGUAAGCAGAUCAAUGAAUAAAGCAAUGUUAUAUAGUAGAUUAUUUUUUAUUUAUUUUAAUUCAUAUUAGAAAUAAAUGUGUGUAUAAAUCA